AUGGCCGAGUCUCUGGAUAAGCACGAGAGCGACCGGGACCGGAGUCCUCCGUCUCGCCUAGACAGUUUCAAUGGCAACGGCAGCGCCACCUUGUCCGCCCGCCCUGACCUUAGUAACCCGGUAUUGAAAAGUGGUACCACUUCCUCUCUAUCCGAAUCGGACCGGUGUCUAUCGUUGGAUACUCGGAACGGAGGCGCGUACCGGCCCAGCGGCACUACGCAGAAACCCACUCAACUAUCCAAUUGCGAUGCCGACGAUGAGUACUUCAUCGCCCAAUCAACGAACGAACGAGAAGACGACAUAUGCCCUACAAACCCGCCAAAUUCUCCAGUACUCUCUUUAGACACGUGCUCUAUGAGAAGGCGUCUUCAUUACGAGGCUACAAUAAACCCCGGGCUAGACCUCCUCGAAGGUUGGAGCCUCUCAUCCACUAGAUAUAAAAGAAAAGACGGCAUGCAACAUAUGUGGACGAUCAGAAUGCGCUAUUCUCUAGCACUCGACCCUAGCUGUGAUUCCACCGGGGCCUCAGACCGUGUAGACGUGCCAGAAGCUAAUUCCGAGCCACGGUGUUGGGAUUCUGCCGACGUCAGGGUUUCGCCGCCACAACUGCCUAGACGCAUGCUCUUCGGCACUGAGCUACUACGAUGGACAGGCUACGGAGAGGGCAGUACAUUGGCGCACACGUUGCAUGGAGCUGGUGCUUGGUUGCUAGUUGCCGGUCGAUACGAAGAUUAG